AAUCUUCACCUUCGCACAAAACUCAUGGAUCGGAUCAAAGGCCCAUGGAGCCCCGAAGAAGACCACAUGCUCCAACAACUCGUUGAACAACACGGCCCAAGAAACUGGUCGCUCGUUAGCAAAAACAUCCCAGGAAGAUCCGGCAAAUCCUGUCGGUUGCGGUGGUGCAACCAGCUGUCGCCGCAGGUGGAGCACCGGGCUUUUACCCCCGAAGAAGAUGACACCAUUCUCCGGGCCCAUGCCCGCUUCGGUAACAAAUGGGCCACCAUUGCCCGCUUGUUGUCGGGUCGGACUGAUAACGCGAUUAAAAACCACUGGAAUUCUACUUUGAAAAGAAAGUGUUGUUCCAUGACGAAUCAAGAGUUUAAUGAGUUUGCUAUACAACAACCCUUGUUGAAAAGAUCUGUUAGUACCGGGUCGGGUGUACCCGUUUCGGGUUUUUGUUUUAACCCGAGUAGUCCGUCGGGAUCUGACGUCAGCGAUUCAAGUGUUCCAACGAAUUCGUCCUCGCCGGCGUACGGACCGGCAGUGAAGGCCGCCGUUGACGAUCCGCCGACGUUGCUGACGUUAUCGCUUCCCGGAGUCGAACCGUGUGAGACGUCAGCAGUUACACAUCGUCCGCCGGUCCCGAAACCGGCGCCGGAAAAGGUGGUGACGGCGUUUAAUGGUGAGUUUUUGUCGGUGAUGCAAGAGAUGAUAAAGAUGGAGGUGAGGAAUUAUAUGAAGGGCGGUAGCGAUGGGUUGAGGGCGGUGGUGAAUCGGAUGGAUUAGAUUAUAAGUAUUUAUUUGUGUACGUAAAUUUAAAUUAGAUUUGUUGGUGGUUGAUGAUGAUGAUCGGGUGGAGAAUGUGAAUCAGAUUCAGGGGAGUGAGUCUAUUUGUUGCAUAAACAAACAAGGCCAACAAAAAACUGAAAUAAUAAUAAUUGUGUAUAGUGAAGGGGCUAAAAUGAUGAUGUUUCGUAAAACAAGUGUCUUGUGUUAGUUUAAUUUUAACUGUCAUGUCAUGGGUUAGGUUGUUAACGACAAAUUGUGGUCUAAUUUGUGUGGAGCCGAGUACAGCUUGCAGAUUUGACUCCUAACGUAGACUGGAUUGGAUUGUUUAGUUUAAAUUCAUGGCCAAAGACGUGUCUUUCUUUCUUUCUUUCUUUCUUUGUCUUCCUAAAUACCAACUUUCGGCCUACCUCAUUGGAAGGGGGGAAGGCGCUGGUGAAUGCGGAGCAGAUAGGCGGACAAGCUGGAGAGGGUACGACGUCGAAAAGAGAUGCAACACUUUGUUGAUGAAUGAAAGAAAGCAGUGCCAAGUUCGUUACGUCUUUCGUUAGGGUGUCAUUGAUAACUAAUUGACGUAAGACAGAUUGUGUUUUACUGAAGGUAACAUUUUUAACGAGAUAAUCAACAAUAUUAAUAUUUAAUGUA